AUGUACUGGUAUACUUUCGUCUUCGCGGCAGUGACUUCGGCGUUGCAGACGCUGCCACCGGUCAAUUGGACAACACCUCUUUUUGCCUCGUCCCGAAGUUUACCCCUUGAGUCUGUCAAUAAGAUAAUUUACCUGGAAGAAAGACUCGUAUCCUGGAAAGAUCACAAUGGGCUUACCUUGAUUCCGCCUACUGCAUCUGACUUUGCCCAAACUUUUCUUGAAGAUUUACAAGAAAUUACAAAUGAGCCUUGGGAGCUGAAGGUUGUGGAUCGAUUCUCAGAAAAAAACUCAGGCAUAUUCUUAGGUCAUUCAGAAAUCCCGGGGAAAUUUACCUACGAAGAUGGAACUCCCACAGAAGAGGGAUAUGAGCUUGUUAUCGGAAAAGAUCGCAUCUCCAUCCUUGGAUCUGGGGCUCGAGGAAUGUGGUGGGGGACAAGAACAGUCCUUCAGCAGAUUGUACUUAGUGAAAAUUUGUCACUUCCUUUGGGCAGUGUGGUUGAUGUUCCUGCAUAUCCCGUAAGGGGCUUUAUGCUUGAUGCCGGGCGGAAGUGGUACUCGUUGGAUUACCUGAAAGAUCUUUGCACUUAUGCAUCGUUCUUUAAACUCUCAGAGUUUCAUUACCAUGCAACCGACAAUUACCCGCUCAGCCGAGGCCCAGAUGUGAGUUGGAAUCAAGUUUACUCGCAGUUUACUCUGCGGCCUGAAAAUUCAGGAUUACUGCCGCUGGUGCAGCGUAUGAACGAGACACUGUCCCGGCUAGAGUUCGACGACUUUCAACGCCACUGCGCCCAGAGAGGUGUAACAGUGGUGCCAGAAAUUGAGAGCCCUGGGCACUCUCUGUCUGUGACAAAAUGGAAACCAGAGCUUUCUUUGGAAAGUCGGGAUCUACUCAAUCUUUCCCAUCCCGAGACAAUUCCUUUGAUAAAGUCCAUUUGGUCGGAAUUCCUGCCGUGGUUCUACACAAAGGAAGUACACAUUGGAGCUGAUGAGUAUGAUUCAUCACUCUCCAACGACUAUAUAAGCUUUGUGAAUGAUAUCUCCACCUUCAUCAAGGCCCGAGGGAAAAAUAUCCGUAUUUGGGGCACCUUUGAACCUUCAUCCACCCUGAGUAUCGCAGAGGACAUCACAAUACAACACUGGCAAUAUGGACAGUCUGAACCCGUUGCCUUAGCACAAAGCGGAUAUAAGAUCAUCAAUUCCGAAGAUUGGUGGGCCUAUCUAUCCUUGAAAAAUGAUCAUGUGCCGAUCAGCCCAGCGCCCUACCCUCAAUUCUUCAAUACAAAUCGAAUCCUCAAUUUUGCCGACAUUGAUGGAUGGCAAUGGGCCCCAAAUCUAUUCAACCCAGUCAAUGUCACGAAUCAACCUGACUCAAAAGCAGUCCGAGGAGCCAUUAUGGCAGCUUGGAACGAUAAUGGCCCCAGUGCAACAACCCAGUUGGAAUCUUUUUAUGCAAUUCGAAAUGGCAUUCCCGUUGUGGCAUCGCGGGCAUGGUCGGGCACUCGUGGGCCAUAUUUGAAUACGACAAGCCUUGAUAGAUCGAUUGAUCUAUUAACAACAAAUGCAGUGGGACAGAACCUGGAUCGAAUCCUUCCAAAAGACGCAAUUCAACAGCCAAAAUUGACCUUUUCAUGGAUCCGCCCUGACCAAAGUACCUCAAAAAACUACCAGCUCGGCCUGGGGAGCAAAGGCAUAAAUUACACGCUAGAGCUCGACUUUGACGGCCCCUUUUCUCUGGAUUCCGACGAUGCAAAAUUGUCCUUCACAACAGAUAGCCAGCUGGUGUUCUCAUCUGAUGGGUUCACCUACCCUCUUCGGUCAGUUGCAGAGACUGAUGGAUGGGAUCCAGCGGCGCCGGGCCGAAUUUGGGCCAACAUAACUACUUCGACACACAAAAUUGCCGAAAUACCAUCCAAAGGCCAUCUUCAGAUACGCACUGAUAAACUAAGUGGCAGUCGAGUCUGGAUAGAUGGUACUUUCAUGGGACGUUUCGAAGUAUUUAUCUAUGGUGGUAAGAACAAGGUUUUUUCGUGGAGCCAGAUGGCAUUUGUAGCACCUUUGGAAGCAGUACUUGGAAGUGGUCUACAGAAGAUUACCUUGUAUAGCUAUCGGUAA